AUGGUUUAUCUAAAAGAUUCACACUCCCACUCGAAUUCCAACAAUGCUACUCACUCCCACCUGACGCCGCUGUGUUACUACACUCCGCCGCCAUCUACCACCAAAUCUUUCCGCUCCGUAGGUCGUUCCAUGCGCACCAUUCGGUCCAACGUCUUCCAGUCUGAGAAAUCGCAACCUGUCUCCGAGAACUUGACCGACUCAGUGGUUGACAUGCGACUCGGCGAACUCGCCAAUAAAUCACAUAUUCAUUCAAAACCCUCGACAUCGUCGGACGCAGUAGACGAUUUUUUGGAAAUCUCACAGACAUUCAGCGAUUACUCGGCAUGCUCCAGUGAUGUCUCCGGAGAGCUCCAGCUGCUCGCAAGUUUACCGAGUUUAGUAGAUUCGGACCUGAACCAGGGAUCGAAAUCUGAACCCGAGCCAGAACCAUGUGCAGGAUUCUUGCAGAGAGAAACAUUUUCCACAGAAAUUGUUGAAAUUAUUUCUCCAGAAGACCUUCAACCUACUGUUAAAAUAUGUGUUGAUGGGUUGAAAUCAGCCUCAAUUGCAGUGAAAAGAUCAGCGGCUGCUAAAUUAAGACAGUUAGCGAAAAAUCGGGUCGAUAAUCGGGCCAUGAUUGGAGAGUCCGGGGCGGUACCCGCUUUGAUCUCGCUUCUUCGUUCCUCGGACCCUUGGACACAGGAAAAUGCAGUUACUGCUUUGCUUAAUAUCUCCCUCCAUGAAAGUAAUAAAAGCUUAAUUGCAAGUUCUGGUGCCAUAAAAUCCGUAAUAUAUGUGUUGAAAACAGGGACUGAAACUUCUAAACAGAACGCAGCGUGUGCAUUGUUGAGCUUGGCUUUGAUUGAUGAGAAUAAAUCAUCCAUUGGGGCUUGCGGCGCAAUCCCACCUUUAGUGGCAUUGCUCAUAAACGGGUCGAAUAGGGGAAAAAAAGAUGCAUUAACGACGUUAUAUAAGCUAUGCUCAGUGAGGGUGAAUAAGGGAAGGGCUGUGAGCGCGGGUGCUGUGGGGCCGUUGGUGGGGCUUGUGGGGGAGCAGGGAACAGGCCUGGCAGAGAAGGCCAUGGUAGUGUUGAGCAGUUUAGCUGGGAUUGAAAUGGGACGAGAGGCUAUCAUGGAGGAAGGUGGGAUCGUGGCUCUUGUGGAGGCACUCGAGGAUGGGAGUGACAAGGGCAAGGAAUUUGCGGUUUUAACUUUGUUGCAGUUGUGUGGGGAGAGUGUUAAGAAUAGAGAAUUGCUUGUUGGGGAGGGAGGAAUUCCCCCUCUUGUUGCAUUAUCACAGACUGGGACGGCUAAAGCUAUGCAUAAGGCUGAAAUGCUACUUAUGUACUUGAGAGAAUCAAGACAAGAGGCUUCCACUCCAUAG